UUAUCGAAAUAAAUUCGUCAGAAGCUUUUCGUAUAAAUAAGAAUCUUCUGAGUGAUUUAGUUACAUUUGCAGUUUUGCUUUUACAAUCUUAACUAUCCCGCAAACGAAAAUAAAAUGAAAGUUGCCAUUCUCUUUGUUUUGGUCGCAAUAACGGCGGUCCUCUGUGACGAGAGACAUCCAUGGUGUCCGGAGCAAGAAGAAACCGAAAGAGCUCUUAUUUUCCCACAUGAAAGUGAUCUGACCAAGUUCUACAUCUGCGCCACCAAUGGAACUCUAACCGAAUUUCAAUGCGUGGAAGGUCUUGAGUUCGAUCCUGAAGUCAAUGUGUGCAAUUGGGCAUCUCUAAUCAACAGGAAUACAGAGGAAUAAACUUAAAAAAAGUGAAACAUUUUUCCCAACUACUUUUUUGAUGAUUAAAACUAAAAUUUGUGGACUUUAAA